AUGAAUCAGGAACUGCUCUCUGUGGGCAGCAAGAGGCGACGAACUGGUGGAUCUCUUCGAGGUAAUGCUUCCUCAAGCCAAGUAGAUGAGGAGCAGAUGAAUCGGGUCGUAGAAGAGGAGGAGCAGCAGCAAAGACGACAACAAGAGGAGCAGCACAUUGAGAGGAAUGGGGAGACAGGAGGAGAAGAAACUGGAUAUGGUGACAGGCAUGAGUCUAGCAGGAAAAAACAGCAGGAACAGUUAGAAGAAAAUAACAAUAGACUAAUUACAGUGGAUGAAGAAUCCACUUGUAACCAGGAAGAAGAUGAUGAUGAACAUGCUGGUGAUCAAGAGGAGGAGGUGGAAGAGGAGGAGGAAAUGGACCAGGAAAGCGAUGAUUUCGAUCCAUCUGAUGACAGCAGUAGAGAAGAUGAACACGCUAACAGUAACAGUGUCACAAAUUCCAAUAGCCUCAUGGACUUGCCCAUUCACCAGUCAUCACCAUUCUACAUAAAGACAAAGAUGAAGAGAAAGUUGGACCAUGGCUCCGAGGUCCGUUCUUUCUCUCUGGGAAAGAAACCCUGCAAAGUCUCAGAAUACACAAGUACUACGGGGCUGGUGCCAUGCUCUGCCACACCUACCACUUUUGGGGACCUGAGGGCUGCCAAUGGCCAGGGACAGCAGCGGCGCCGCAUUACAUCUGUGCAGCCACCGACGGGCCUGCAGGAGUGGCUGAAGAUGUUUCAGAGCUGGAGUGGACCAGAGAAGUUACUUGCUUUGGAUGAGCUGAUUGAUAGUUGCGAACCAACACAAGUAAAACACAUGAUGCAAGUGAUAGAGCCCCAGUUUCAAAGAGACUUCAUUUCCUUGCUCCCAAAAGAGCUGGCACUGUAUGUGCUGUCAUUCCUGGAACCCAGGGACCUUCUGCAGGCAGCCCAGACAUGCCGUUACUGGAGAAUUCUGGCUGAAGAUAAUCUUCUCUGGAGAGAGAAAUGCAAAGAGGAGGGGAUUGAUGAACCAUUACAUAUCAAAAGGAGGAAAGUAAUAAAACCAGGCUUUAUACACAGUCCGUGGAAGAGCGCCUACAUCAGACAACACAGGAUUGAUACCAACUGGCGGCGAGGAGAACUUAAAUCGCCCAAGGUGCUCAAAGGCCACGAUGACCACGUGAUCACAUGCCUUCAGUUCUGCGGGAACCGAAUAGUGAGCGGCUCGGACGACAACACACUCAAAGUGUGGUCAGCAGUUACAGGCAAGUGUUUGAGAACACUGGUUGGGCACACGGGCGGAGUCUGGUCCUCGCAGAUGAGGGACAAUAUCAUCAUCAGUGGAUCUACAGACCGAACGUUGAAAGUCUGGAAUGCUGAGACGGGAGAAUGCAUACACACCUUGUACGGACACACCUCCACCGUGCGCUGCAUGCACCUCCAUGAGAAAAGGGUGGUCAGUGGGUCUCGAGAUGCUACACUGAGAGUUUGGGACAUAGAGACGGGCCAGUGUUUGCACGUUCUGAUGGGCCACGUAGCUGCAGUUCGGUGCGUUCAGUAUGAUGGCAGAAGAGUUGUAAGUGGUGCAUAUGAUUUUAUGGUCAAAGUGUGGGAUCCAGAGACAGAGACCUGUCUGCAUACACUGCAAGGGCAUACCAACAGAGUCUACUCAUUACAGUUCGAUGGUGUCCAUGUGGUGAGCGGAUCUCUUGACACUUCCAUCCGAGUUUGGGAUGUGGAGACAGGCAACUGCAUUCACACGCUAACAGGCCACCAGUCUCUCACCAGUGGAAUGGAACUGAAGAAAAAUAUUCUCUUAGGUGAGCUUAAACUACCUUCAUGUAAAUCCAGCUGCCUGCCCGAGGUAUUUAUUUCAUACGCGGGGCUGUCUGACAUUGCUUUCUCAUUACAAAUGCAAAUGCUUUGGUUUGCUGUUACAGGUCCCAACAAGCAUCAGAGUGCUGUGACCUGUUUACAGUUCAACAAGAACUUUGUAAUUACCAGCUCAGACGACGGGACUGUAAAACUUUGGGACUUGAAAACGGGUGAAUUUAUCCGAAAUCUAGUCACAUUGGAGAGCGGGGGCAGCGGAGGCGUCGUGUGGCGGAUCAGAGCUUCUAACACAAAGCUGGUGUGUGCGGUGGGGAGCCGCAACGGGACUGAGGAAACAAAGCUGCUGGUGUUGGACUUUGACGUGGAUAUGAAGUGAAGGGCAGAGAGAUGAAUUUGUCCAAACGUACAGACGAUGUUCUCCUUUCCCUCCCCCUGAAAAAAAAAAAAGAAAAAAGAAAAAAAAGAAAAAGGAAAAAAAAUCCCUUGUCCUUGGUGGUGCAGGAUGUUGGCUUGGGGCAACAGAUCCUAAAGACCUACAGACUACGAAGGAGAAGACAAAGACGACAAACUAUAACUGACAAGAGCGGCAUUUACUGUCUCGUCACAUAAAAAGGCUACACUUCUGACCGGGGCAGCUUUGCAAAUAUACGACUUUUGAAACGAAACCAGGUGCAAUUAUUUCUUUAUUUCCCUCCAACUGCUCCUUGAGCCAU